GGUGUCGAUGUUUUAAGCUUUGUCCAAGAAGCCCAAGAUCUCUUGAGUCAUUAGUGAAUUGGCGAUACCGUACAUCGAUCUACGUGACUAUUUUCGCCGAUCAUUUGAUGCCUACCUGAUAGGUAUUUACAUGCUUCCAGGGCUAUUUCGAACCAUUACCUUGCAAUCAAUGGGAACCGUUUCAGUCCUCUACUGUCCGCUGAUCCUUACUAUGUUCAUAAUUGAGUUAUAUGAUAGGACAAAUGGAACCCGGGGAAGUGCGUUCCCAAUACACGCUCGCAAUGGGAGGCAAGGACAUCAUAUUUCACUAAAGCAAAAGCCUACUUUCAACACUAUUUCUCGUAGAAGUCGAGCUAGUUUCCGAGAAAUCAAUGGACUAUCCGCGAAAAGAUGCGGAGCGAGUCAGGCCAAGAGCAUUGGCGAUGGACAAGCUCAAAUCCACGCUAGCGUUCCCGUGUAUCGGCCCCGUCCGACGCAAUCCGACAUCUUCAAAGACACGGCUGUGGCCGGACAUGGCAAGAGGAAACGGCACCUGAAGUCCUUUAAGCCCGGUCGCAAAGAUGCGGACCGAAAAUACAUUGACCCAUUCAGGCCGAUUGGAAUGGAUAAUAAAGGCUAGAACCCACAGAUUAUCGCAUGUUUCUAAAACAGCUUGUUGACAGUCUUGGAUAUUACUCACUAUACUAUUCAGUUUCCAACGGCUUCGUCCGGGCUUUCUCAUGAUGACGUCCGCAAACCCCGUUUUGGGCCUAAUGGUUCGAUGCCUCCGCAAGGCCGGUCCGGCUCUCAAUAUCUCCGCAGUGGGGAAUACUACCAUCAUUACUGUCUCCCGUCAGAUCCUCCUAGCGCCGUGUGCUUGUACGGAGUUACCCCAGCUUCUGUCGCGCUCU